AUGAGAAAGUUGAGAGUUGCUGUUGGAAAACGCAGAAUGCACAAGACGUAUCCGGCGGCGAUAUACUUUGUGCUGAUUGCAUUUAUUGAAGUUGUGAGCUCAAGAGACAAUAUGCUUCCACACCACCUGAAACUCAGCUCGACGCUUACCUGCCGACUUAUCGGUGGAUUGACCAGAGAGCAAAGAUCCGUGUGCCACGACUCCGCCGAUACAGCAGCUAUCGCCUUCGAGGGUCUACAGAUGGCGGUCAAGGAAUGCCAGCAUCAGUUCCGCUGGCACAGGUGGAACUGUUCCAGUCUGCUGUCGAAGAGUUCCAAUCCUCACGCUAGUGCUAUUAUGAAGAGAGGAUUCCGCGAGACCGCCUUCCUCUACGCCCUAACAGCAGCGGGAGUAUCCCAUGCAGUAGCGCGAGCAUGCGCCCAAGGCCGCCUCAUAUCCUGCGGCUGCGAUCCCCUGGGCUACCGCGCAGCCCACGAGCGAGGACGGACGAGGACCAACAAGUGGGAGUGGAGUGGGUGCUCCCACAACUUGGCGUAUGGCAUCGAGUUCUCCAAAAAGUUCCUCGAUGUGCGGGAACAGGUGGACGAUUUGCAGUCGAAGAUCAACGUGCAUAAUAAUAAUGCUGGGAGAUCGAUCCUGUCAUCUCACAUGGAGGUACGGUGCAAGUGCCACGGGCUGUCAGGGAGCUGUCAGUUACGGACGUGCUGGCGCGCUACACCUGACUUCAGGGUUGUGGCGUCCACCAUUAAAAGACAAUUUCGCAAAGCGCUAGUAGUAGCCCAAGAGGAAUUAAACAACGGUCCUUCGGUGCUGAGAGGGCGGCCACGAGGAAGGAGGAGGAGUCGAGCCAGACCGGCGCCGAAAUCCAGCUUGCUGUUCUUUGAAAAAUCACCAAGCUUUUGCGAACCGGACCCAAAAAUGGACUCCGCGGGUACCUCAGGUAGGGUCUGCCGUAUUGGGAGGACGUCGAGGACGGGAUCUUGCGACUUGCUAUGUUGUGGACGAGGGCAUGCGCUGAUCAGGAAGUCAAGUAUCAAGGCAUGUAACUGCACCUUCCAUUGGUGCUGCAGGGUGGACUGUCAGAGGUGUCAGGAUGAUAAGUGGAUUUCUAUUUGCAAGUAACAUUCCUAAGUUAUCAGAUUUUGAUACAUUUCGGAGAGUGUGCCCAAGA